UCUUGUCAAUAUUUACAACAGAAGUUGCAGUUAAACGUUUAUAGCAAAACUGUUAUGUUUGUUUGUUGUCGCUGAAAUUCAUGGAAUUUCAGUGUAAAUUUACAGCGUGUGCAGAAAGGGAGGCGCUGAUUUGUGUCACAUUUUGUCAUUGCAAGUCUCUUCAUGUGUCCGAUGAAUUGGGAUUAUAACGAGGAAGGUGAAUGCGGCCCAAAAUACUGGCCAAAUGCUGAUGGACAUAAUCAGUCACCGAUAAAUUUGGAUUUGUGUUUGAUGAAAUAUAGUACCGUAGAACCGCUUAAGUUUCUCAAUUAUGAUGUGAAAUUGACAGGUGAAAUUGUCAACAAUGGGCAUUCCGUGCAAGUGAAGCCCCAUCUUAGAAGUAGCGCGCCAGAAAUUCGAGGUGGCGGUUUUGAUCAGGCUUAUCGUUUGGUACAAUAUCAUUUUCAUUGGGGACUACACGAUAAUGAAGGUUCCGAACACACUUUAGCUGGCUUGCAUUAUCCGGCAGAGCUACAUCUUGUACAUGAAGGUCUUACAGAUCCCAACAAAUUAGCCGUUAUUGGUGUUUUCUUUGUGCUUGGUGAUGAUGACAAGGCUUUGUAUCAAGAAUGCACACUCCUUAAUAAAAUAAUCGAUCCAGCACAAAGUCAACCAAUACAAGAAAUCCUUUUGGAUGAUAAAUUGCCAAAAAAUAGGAAAUCAUUUUGGCGAUAUACGGGAUCUUUGACCACGCCACCAUGCUCUGAGAUUGUUACAUGGACAAUUUUCACUGAACCUAUUGUCAUCACCAAAUUUCAGCUUGCACUCUUCCGAAGUUUGCACGAUAGAACAGGAAACGUGAUGAAAAAGAAUUUUCGUCCGGUACAAAAGCUCUACGAUCGCGAGAUACAGCUUGUAGUAACUGUUUGAUUUCUUUCAAUUAAUUUGUAAUAAAUUUAUGCGCAUUCCGGUUGAUGUGUGCUAUUACUGCUUGCGAAAAAUGUGGGAUAUAAAGAAGGACCAUUGUACUUUGUGCUAAAAGAUGCAAUGUCAUCUACUAUUUUGCUAUAUAUGCUCGCUCCGAGUAAAAACCACCUCGUAUUCAUUUUAUAUAAUUAACUAAUGUUUACUUACAGAGCUGUUUAGUGUAGUAAAACAGCGAUCUUGCUGAUUUGCAAAAUCUUUUACUUUAAAAUACGAAAAUUGCUGUAAAUUCAGUAUAUAGGAAAUUUGG